CAAACGCUGGAGCACAAGCAGCUGCCCGUGGCCUGGCCCCACGCAUCCCCCGGGGGACGGGACUGCCACGGGCCCCACACGCACGGCAUGGUCCGUGUCACCACUGUCUCACGGCCCCGGGUGCCGCCACCCCCACUCCAUCAUCUGUGGUUGUUUGUUUCCUCCCUCCUCCCCGUUUGCAACUUUCUGAAGUUUUGCCACUUCCCCUCCUGUCCCCUCGCUCAUCCCAGGCCGGGGCGGACCCUGCUUACCGACCCCGGGUCAGGCAGUUAAUAAUUGAUGAACGUGCUUACUUCAGGAGGCAAAGGUCUCUGUCGGUGUCAGGGUGUGAGCGCAGAGCGCUGGGCCAGCAGCAUCCCCAGCAACGCAGCCGCAGGCUCACUGCCGGGAUGGCUUGGCACUGGCCGGUGCUGCUCCCCUUCCUCCUGACAGCAGUUUCAGGCAACACAGCCCCCUAUAUUAACAUGACCUUCGUCACCGUGCCAGAGGACCUGCAGCUGGGCGAGUUUGCCUUCCAGCUGACAGCCGUUGACGUGGACCACGACUCCCUCACCUACAGCAUCACUGGGACCGAUGCCUUCUACUUCAGUGUUGACUCCAAGACAGGCAACGUGACUCUGCGAAACUCCCUGGACCGUGAGCUCCAGGCCAGGCUCGACAUCAAGGUCGUAGUGACAGAUGGCAUUAACGAUCCAGUCUCCAAGAGAAUCACAGUCAUCGUGGAGGACCGGAAUGACAACGCCCCAGUCUUCCAGAACCUGCCUUACGAAGCCAUCAUCCCUGAGAACCUGACAGUCGGCAGCGUCGUCUACACCGUGUUUGCCAAUGACAGCGACACUGGGAACGCCUCCAAAGUCAGCUACAGCAUCGAGGGGGUGAUCCCAGACAGCACGGAGAAUCGCUGGCUCUUCUAUAUCCUGCCCAAUGGGAACGUGAUACUCAAUGGCUCACUGGACUAUGCCAAAAACACUUUCUACCAGCUCAAGAUCCUUGCCAAGGAUGGUGGCGGGCUGCUGCACAACAAUUGGACCGUCCAGCAGAGCUCUACCUACCUGACCCUGCACAUCCGUGACCUGCCCAACCUCGACCCACGGUUCCUCAAUGAGCCCUACUCCGGCUCUGUGCCUGAGAACUGUGCCCUGGGCACCAGUGUGCUGACUGUCACUGCUGUGGACAGAGACACAGGGGUGAAUGAUGAAAUCUUCUACAGCAUCACCAACACCAGCGUGCCCUUUGCUAUCAAUGACACAACGGGCACCAUCACUGUGAGCGAGUUCCUGGACCGUGAGCAGCUGCCAAGCGAGGAGGUGCUGCUGGAAGUGACGGCACGGGAGAAGAACCUGGACAUCUACGGCCAAGUGUCCCAGACCAGCACCCUGGUGACCAUCGUGGUGACCGAUGUCAAUGACAACAAACCCCAGUUCUACGACUGCUCCCUCUCCAGCUGUAAUUUCUCUGCCGACACCCAGAACGACUUCAGGGGCAGCGUCAUCGAGCACUCCUCCGCCAGAGUGCCCGUGUCCAACCUCAGCAUAGUUACCUACGACCCGGACAAGGGCAUCAACAGCAGUUAUGACCUGUACCUUCAGGGUCCGAAUGCCAACGCCUUCACUGUGUCCCCCACGAAGAUUGUGGGCACAGGGGAGGUCCAGAUCCUGGUGCUAAACUCGUCUGCCGUGGACUACGAGAUAACCCAUGUCAUGGUGGUGGAGAUCGUUGCUAAUGACACAGGGAACCCCACAGACUGCUGCUCCACGGCCACCGUGACCAUCGACCUCAUUGACAGCAAUGACCACAUCCCUGAGUUCCCCCAGAGCACCUACUACCUGAGUGUGAUGGAGAACAGCCCCGAUGGCACCGUCAUCGCCCCAAACAUCACGGCCUAUGAUCCAGACAGCGGUGUCCUGGGCCAGAUCACCUACCAGCUGUUCCCAGAGAGCAUGCGUACGAUCUUCACGGUGAACGCCACGACCGGCGCCGUGCUGGUGCAGAACGGGAGCUUGCUGGACAGGGAGACUCGCUCCACCUACUACGCCACCCUCCAGGCCAAGGAUGGGGGCGACCUGGUGGGCACCACGCUGUUGGAUAUCACGGUGCUGGAUGCCAACGACAUGGCGCCCGUCAUCAUCGGCUCCUACUUCAUCUCGGUGGAAGAGGGGCAGAACGUCAGCACGCGGAUCCAGGCCAUCGACAACGACGAGCCUGACACUCCCAACAGCCAAUUGGGCUUCAGGAUCUUGCCAGGACCAUAUAGUGACAACUUCACCAUCAACGCGACCUCGGGUGAGCUGCAGAGCAAGGAGCCGCUGGACCGCGAGGCCCUGGAAGACGAGCAGGGGCAGCUGGUGGUGACGGUGGAGGUGUACGACCACGGCGUGCCACAGCAAAACACCUCUGUGAAUGUCACCAUCACCGUGGGGGACAUAAACGACAACAUGCCCGUGUUCCUCCAGCAGGCCUAUGAGUUCUCAGUCUUUGAAGACUCUCCAGGGUCCCUUGUGGGAGACGUGGAGGCCACAGAUGCCGACAAGACAGAGAUUAAUUCCCGCAUCUCCUUCACGCUGGAGAGGAACGGCGGAUCCAGCAACUUCUUGAUCCGCUCGUCCCGCCAGGGGCUGGGGUACUACAUCGGGCGGCUGUUCGUAGACCCUGACACAUCCCUGGACUAUGACACCCUGACGCAGAAGUUCUUCUCCUUGGUGGUGCUGGCGGAGAACACGGCUGCUGACGAUGUGGGGGACAGCGCCAGCGUGGUGGUGGUGGUCAACAUCCUGGACGUCAACGACGAGCCCCCCACCAUCCUGGCGAGCUCGCUGCAGGACGUGCACGUGAGCGAGAACGGCACGCAGCAGGGGCUGGUCCGCACCCUGAUCGCCUCCGACCCUGACACCAACCACUCGCUGGUCUUCGAGGAGCUGGCGGUCGCCUGCUUCAAGGGGGAGAGCAGCGCCGGCGAGGUGUGCUGGGACUGGUUUGUGCUGGCGGCCAACGGCUCGGUGCUGGUGAACGGCUUGGACAUUGACUAUGAGCUGUGCGACACGGUGGUGCUCACGCUGAGGGUUGAGGACCUGUACACCGAGAAGGGGAACCGCUACAGCCAGAAUGAAACCCUGAGGAUCCUCAUCACUGAUGUGAAUGACAACGCACCUUACUUCCUGGCCAUCUCAGAGACCUUUGUGGUUGUCCCCGAAAUCUCUCCUGUGGACCUGACAGUGGCUACUGUGAGGGCCACCGAUGUCGACUCAGGGAACAGUGGAGUCAUCGUCUUCUCCAUUGUCAGCGUGGUGCUCGUGCAGGAUGAUGGGUCUCAACAGUCCUUCGAGAAUCUCUUCAAGGUGGUGACAACGUCUGACCAGAAGAUCUACAUCGGGAGCAUCCAGGUGGCCAGCAACCUCGAUAUCUCGCUGAAGGGGCAGUACCAGGUGACAGUAGAGGCUCGGGACAGCCAGGAACCAGUGCACACAGCACAGACCACGGUGAAUAUCUUUACGGUGGAUCAGAGCUACCGAAUUCGCCUCCAGUUCCUGACAACGGUGGAUGAAGUCCAGAGUAACUCUGAAAGCAUCAAACUGGCCCUGACCAGCGUGACCAAGGCAGGUGUCUAUGUGGCAGCCAUCCAGAGCACGGAGGACAGACAUGCCACUCAAAGGGAACCCAAGUCAGUGAUGGAAGCGUACUUCGUCUACAGCAACGGCACAGCCCUGGACGUCAACGAGCUGACUGUCCUCAUCCAGUCCGAUCCACUGAUGCUGGCUGAGCUGGUGCGCCUGGGCCUGGCUGUCAUCGGCCCCGGGGAGGUGACGAAGGCCACCAGGGAGACCGAGCUGAUCGGCAUCAUCGCAGGGCUGGCGGGGCUCCUGCUUGUCGUCAUCCUCAUUAUGACCUUGGUCGUGGUUCUCACUACCAGGAGCUACAAGAGGAAGCUGAGUGCGAUGAAGGCUCUGAAGGCAGCUACGACGCUCAGUCCUGCCACGGUGCAGCAGGGACCCGGCAUCCCUGGGACCAACCAGUACAACGCAGAAGGGGCCAACCCCAUGCUGAACUUCCAUCUGGAUCCCUCCCACGACCUGGGCUUCCACGAGGACUCCAUCUCUGUGGCCAGCUUGAAUUCCCUGGAUGAAAACAAGGUAGAUGCACCUGGGGACAACAACCUCAAGGCCAAGCAGGGCAAACAAGAGCCGAUGAACCCCACUGACAACGAGGUGCUGGUGGCCGCCCUCAACCUGAAAGUGCCCACCGAAACAGCAUAUAUCAACAACAGCUUCACCACUACAGACUUGUGA